AUGUCCCACAAGGACGGUUGUCGUCUUGGGUGGUUCCUAUGGAGGCUCAAGAGCUGUUCAACGCCUGCUACUGGGUCUGCUCAGACCCCCCAUGAAGCAUUGAAUGAGUUAAGACCCUUGUCGCAAUUGAGCAGAGGAGUCAAGCGCAAGCAAGGCGGCAACAAUGAAGAUCGGACUGAAGAGGAUGACCCGGCAAAACCCCCUCCUAUCGUCCAGAACGGCCUCUACAUUGCAGAGAUGUUCAUGGCUCACAUCAUGCGGCAACACAUCAUCUCCUUUAUAGUGAACAACAAUUAUAUUUACAUCUGGUUUUGUGAUCGCGAAACUACGAUUCAAGGCACUGCCAUCAACUUCGUUCAGGACCUUCCAUGCUGGUUGGUCUUACUUCUCAUCAUGCAGCAGAUGGGAUACAAAAGUCACGAACAUAAUGCAUAUAUAUCCCUCCCACCUGUGCGCGGUGUCCACCCUUCCCUGAAGCUGAAGGCCACCAUUGUACACACUUGCAACUAUCAGGAUGAUGCACUGUUUGAUUCCCUCGUAGACUGCAAGAUUGCACGAGACACAGAUGCGGCCCAUGCACAAAUUGUCAAAUAUACAAUUUUCAGUUGGUUUUGGACCAGUGUCCGGUCAGCCAUCCAGACCAUGCAAUGGCUCUCACCAACCUCGUGUGGGCCCGCCGAUGCAACAAUAUUCCAAUAG